GCACGGCCGCCGCUCGAGCGGCACGAGUACGAGUACGCUGUAGUACGAGUGAAGCGGGUUAGUCAAGUGGACCUUUGUGGCGGUAAAGUUAUUUUGAGCGUGCCUCUUCGUUUGUCCUUUCUUGAGGAACAUGGGGAAGGUCAAGCUGAAGUCCACCAAGGGUAACCAAGUGAAGAAAAGGCCAGAUUCGAAACCCAUGAUUGCUGGUGGCCUGCCAGAUAUGCAGGUGGAUACAAGUGCUGAUCAGGCGGUGCACAGGUUAGGCCUAGCAAGCUCCACUGCCGGGACAGUUACGGCAAGGAAGAAGAAGGAGAAAAGGAAGAUGCGUCAUGAGGCCCUCGUGAAAAAACUCGAGGCUGGCAAGAUCAUAAAAAAGAAGCAUCACAAGAAGAAAGCACGUGUGCCCAAAUCUCUGGACAUGAAGAACCUAAUGGAUGCCCUGCCCACCAUGGUUGAAAGGAAAGCUUCUAAGCCAGGGAAGAUGCGACGAAAGCCUCGCGCAUCCAAAAGUUUUCAAGUGAACAAGAAGUUACUGGAGAAGGACAUGAAGCACUUGGAGCAGGUUGCGAGCCACCCACAGUUCCAAGCGAAUCCCAUCGAUGCUGUUUUGAACCACCUGCGACAGGCAUACAAGCCCUGAAG